AUGUUUCCAGCAUUGAAAGCAAAUAAUAUACUAGUAAUAUCUAGUGCAGUAGUGUUACUUUCAGUGACAAGCUAUGCCAUAUAUUUUGAUUAUCAAAGAAGGAAUGAUCCUGUAUUUAGAAAAAGGAUAAAGAAGAAGAACCAACAUCGAUUAAAAGGACAGCAGUUAGAGAAGGAAACUACGAAACAAGAAAAGUUACAAGAGGUUAGUGACUUCUUAACUAAAGAACUUGUAUCUGAUCCAUUAAUCAAUGAUGCAGAUGCUAUGGAAUCGGUUUUUACAACUAAUAUAGAGUUGGCUGAAACCUUAUCAAAAAUAUCAGGGAAAGAAUUAGAGUCAGCAGCAAAAUUCUAUAAAGCAUUGAGUGCAUAUCCUAAUCCUGCUGAUUUAUUAGAAGUGUAUCAAAGGAGUGUCCCAGAGGCAAUUUACGAAAAAUUAGUUAUGAUGAUUGCAGUUAAACCACCAACAAAUGUGGUGGCAUUUCUAGCAAACUCAAGGUUCAAUCCCAAUAUAAAUAAUACAAUUUCAGGAAAUUUGCCAAAGUACUUUUCAGUUAAUUAA